GACUGGCACAGUGGGUGUGAGAGGAGAGGAAUAACAACACAUACGAGGAGCUAUACACCUCAGCUUGAGAUUAAAAUUCGUUUUUGCUUAUUUCUCAGAGAGGAAUUGGACUUUCUUAGAAGCGGUUGAGCAAACCUGAAAACAAAGAGAACUUAGCGGAGUCAAACUUCCCAACAUCUGGUUUGCUGAAGGACUGGGCGAUCCAAAGUCAGGCACUUUGGAGGCGGAGAGAAGACUAUUUGUGCUAAAGAAAAUGCUCUGAAUUUUGGAGUUUAUGUCACCUGCAUGAGCCGAGCUGAGUUUUUGUCACCGCGUAAAAGAGACAAGGUUUGGAGAGAAACAGGACUCCAGCGGAGCUUGAGGUCCAGGGGAGGAGAUGAGAGAUGAAUUAAUCCAAAAAUAAAGAAGCAAAUAAAUAUUCCUCAGCUGCUCAAGAGUCCCAAACAGUGAGAAGGCUGAUUCACCUCCUCCCUGAACAGCAGGUCCACGCCCAUGGAUAAGGAGAGGAGUGCCACUGCCAUCUCCACAGAGCAACCUGAUAAUGAAAACCCAGACCCACCAGCUCCCAGUUCACGCACAGACUGUAACACAGAGAGUGAGAACCGCUCUACAAACCCAACCCCCUUUCCCGGUGAAGAUGUGGCCUACACUUACACUGAGCCGAUCAUAUUGAGGGUAAAUGGCACUCCUGAAAGGUUGUUAGAUGACGAUGAUAAAGGAGAUGGUUGCAACACAACACUCACAACACCCAAUGAGAACAUUACAUCUCAACCAGCAACCAGAUCUACACCCAUCCAUCCCACCCAGCCUUGUCGGUCGCAGCCAGGCAGUCUGCUACGCAAUGGAGCCAAGAGCCACGAACAGACACACGCCCCUCACACGCACUGUUCACAUCACACACACACAGCGCACCUGCAUGGCUUUCAGUCCAACCCUGUCAGGAAUGGUAGUUCUCACAGACAUCCCAAGCUGGGCUCUCUCCCGAGAGGCGGCUCCUCCACCUCAUCGUCUUCCUCUGCAGGGCCCAAAGUCACCAAGAAACUGCGGUCAAACCCCUCCAUCACAUCCCAGGGCAGCAAGAGAAGCAAGAGCAGUUCGAAGAGCAACAGCUCCCAGAUUCCCACAGACGCACAGGAUGACUGCUGUGUUCACUGUAUCCUGGCCUGCCUCUUCUGUGAGUUCCUGACCCUGUGCAACAUUAUGCUGGACUGUGCCACCUGUGGCUCCUGUGUGGGUGACGAUUCAUGUUUCUGCUGCUGCUGCGCAUCGGAAGAGUGCGGUGACUGUGACCUGCCCUGUGACAUGGACUGUGGCAUCAUUGAUGCCUGUUGUGAGUCUGCAGACUGCUUAGAGAUCUGUAUGGAGUGUUGCAGUCUUUGCUUCUCGUCCUGAGGCACCCAGCCACCACCAAAUGAGGCAAAGUAAAUGUCUGCUACGCAAGACAUAGCAAGACCCAGGAGCAACUAAGGCUGGAGGCAGUUCUACACCCGGUCUGUGUCCCCUGAGCAUUUGAAUUGACAAUAUAUCAGCGGGUGUAAACAGUGUUAUAUAAAGCACAAUAUGUGACCUAAUUAUUUCCUUUAUUGAUCACACAACCUCCUUGCUUUGUCUGAGCUAUUGAUUCAUUGCCACUCAGUUGGCUGUGCAGUGUAGAGAAUUCCAGCACUGAUCUGUGAGUGCAGACCGAGCCCCUGGACCCUCUCUGAACUAGCUAUUAUUACAAUGGAAUCCCCAGUGCAGUUUGAAUUACUGGAGUUCUUCAAGCAUGAAAAGUGACCUCUAAAGGCAAAUGAGGAAAUGGCUCCAUUUAACCAGAUUUUAGUGUUUCUGCAGAUAAGAGCAAUGGAAUAAUGGGGAGCUGGCUCAGAUCUCAGUAGAAGCGUAGUCGGUCUUCCUGUCCUUGGCAAGGGUAAAGCCCUGUAGUUUGAUUGGUUACUGUGGCCUUUAUGAAAAACCAGUUAAAGACUAGAUUCCAGAUCCUCUUUUGUCUUUGUUCUUGUUGCACAGGAGAAAACAGGACACAGAAAUCAUGUCUUGUGACAAUAUUACAGACAGAUCUCUGAUGCUAAUAUGCCUCUUGCUUGACCUGACUUAUUCAGAAGGGAAGCAUCAUAUAUCAGUCUGAAUACAAAAUCUAAACGUUUUAUUCUGAUAAAUGGACAUCAAUGAACAUAUUGUUAAUAUGAUCUGCAAUGAACACAUUCUUCUCUUCUAACAUGAGAAGGGCGAGCAUUCUUAGGGAAAGAUCACUCCCUGCUUAACAUUUCAAACUUUGUUUACUUUUACAUUUCUUAUCAAAGGACUUUUUUUUUGAUGGAUGCUAGCCCAUCUGGUGAGUCAUCUCCUUUAUAAUACAUUUCAUUUUUCUAUCAUUCCUUCUAUGGGAAGAAAUAAAUGGACUUAGAUCAGCUUAAGGCCUGAAUUUUCAAGUAGGUUCCUCGCCUUUACUAAAUCUCCAUUAAUCCUUGUUUUAUAGAUUUUAGUUAAGAUAUUUGCAUUUUUCAUCUAAUGUAAAGAAAAAAAUCACAUUUCUGCGUUAUCGGUUUUUAGCUGGGCUCUCUGUAAAGAAGACUUAGCUCUGCAUCUAAUUUAAUUCCUCUAGUGAAAAUCCUAUGAAAUUAUGCUAAGUUAGAUCCAUACGCUUAUAGCAUGAAUGGUACAGUCUUGAUAAAAGCUGUGCACAGUCAUGUGCUGCGGCACCUACCUUUUCAAACCAUUACCUCUUAAGAUCUCACAUUGAUCACUUGUGCAUUUUAAAGUGACUUGAUAGAAAUCUUUUUUUUCCCCCUCUGGUUAAAUACUGUUAGAGAAAUUCUUUGCCUAUGCUCUUUUGGGAUUUUAGUUUUCAGGUGUUUAAUAACCUGUACAUAGAAGGGCUAAUGUGCGACACUAAUGUGUUUGAUAAGGCCCUAUUUCAUGGACGGAAAUCUCACACUAAUAAAGACUCACUAUUGUUGUAUUGAACCUGAUUGCAUCAUAGCAGCAAUGCAUUUUGCUGCUUUAUUUUCCAAUAAUACAUAGAGUUUAAGCAAUGCAGCUUGAGGCGAUGAAUCAAACUGGACGUGCAUUCCCUCAAACUUGCUUUAAAGCCUGGAGUGGCCUGGAAACAAUGGUAUUUUUAGAAUAAUUUGUGAAGGAUAGAACAUAUCAUGCAGAAUGAUGACAUGUACAGAAGUGAUAACUGUGUUAAAUGUAUUUAGAAGCCAUUCCCAGCGCGAAUUAUAACUACGGUGCUUCAUAUAGGAAACUGUUCUCUGUCACCAGACCAGGAGAGCAUUGUGCUAAAUAUCUGUGCUGUGUGCGUCAUCUCAUGUGCAUAAGAAAAUUAAACACAGACAAUUUAAAACAUUAUUAAUGUUACAAAAUGGCUUCAAUAAAGUAAAACUCAGGAAGCAAACAACAACAAAAUAAAAAAAAGAGUUGAGUUAAACACGUUAAUUAUGGAAAUAAAUGUACAGUUAGGUGACACGUGUUUGAAGCACAGAGGAGUGUUGGUGAGGAGGAGGAGACACCAUAGGUAGGCAUGAAUAUUAAAAGAAACAGGUUCUGAUAUUCUUAUAUGAGUAUUAAAGCUAACAUUACAAAUAAUAAACACAAAUAAAAGAAAAAUAAUAGAUAAAUAAAAACAGGUCAGGAAUAUGCAUAGCCUUCAAACCUUUUCACCUAUUGUCAUGAUACAAUCACAAAUAUGUAUGCAUCUUACUGAGCUUUUAUGUUACAGACCAAAACAAAGUAGCAUGUAAUAGUGGAGUAAAAGGAAAAUGAUCAAUGUUUUUUUCUUAAAUAAUCAUCUAAAAAGCAUUGUAUGCAUUUGUUUUCACCCCAUUUACUCUGAUAUGC